CCCCAGAUUUAUGAAAAUAUGCAUCAGCUUAAUACUGUCUUGGAAUUCAUGAGAUGGAAGCAUAGGUCAAAGCUAUUUGGAGAGAAUUGGAAGUACAGUUUUAUAGCCACAUCUCCAAGGAGUGAGGAAAAAGCAAUAAGAGGUGGAGUCAUUGUCAAGUGGUUGUGGCCUUCUACAAGAAAUCUCAUUGAGAAAAGGCAUUUGCAUUAGCAAAAUAAUAGGACUGGUUAUUCAAGGUGACAGUAUAACAGAAAACAUUAAGAUUGAACAAUGACUCGGCUAUAUAUUUACAUCAGAUUAUUGGGAACCUAUCUGUUCAUCAUUUCUCAUGUUCAAGGACAGAAUCUAGACAGUAUGCUCCAUGGCACUGGGAUGAAAUCAGACUCCGACCAGAAGAAGUCAGAAAAUGGAGUGACAUUAGCACCAGAGGAUACCUUGCCUUUUUUAAAGUGCUAUUGCUCAGGACACUGCCCAGAUGAUGCUAUUAAUAACACAUGCAUAACUAAUGGUCAUUGCUUUGCCAUCAUAGAAGAAGAUGAUCAGGGAGAAACCACAUUAGCUUCAGGAUGUAUGAAAUAUGAAGGAUCUGAUUUUCAGUGCAAGGAUUCACCAAAAGCCCAACUUCGCCGUACAAUAGAAUGUUGUCGGACCAAUUUAUGUAACCAGUAUUUACAACCUACACUGCCCCCUGUUGUUAUAGGUCCAUUUUUUGAUGGCAGCAUUCGAUGGCUGGUUGUUCUCAUUUCCAUGGCUGUUUGCAUAAUUGCUAUGAUCAUCUUCUCCAGCUGCUUUUGUUACAAACAUUAUUGCAAGGGCAUCUCAAGCAGACGUCGUUACAAUCGCGAUUUGGAACAGGAUGAAGCAUUUAUUCCAGUGGGAGAAUCAUUAAAAGACCUUAUUGAUCAGUCACAGAGUUCUGGUAGUGGAUCUGGAUUACCAUUAUUGGUUCAGAGAACUAUUGCCAAACAGAUUCAGAUGGUUCGGCAAGUUGGUAAAGGCCGGUAUGGAGAAGUGUGGAUGGGUAAAUGGCGUGGUGAAAAAGUGGCAGUCAAAGUGUUUUUUACCACUGAAGAAGCUAGCUGGUUUCGAGAAACGGAAAUCUACCAAACUGUGCUAAUGCGCCAUGAAAAUAUACUUGGUUUUAUAGCAGCAGAUAUUAAAGGCACAGGUUCCUGGACUCAACUCUAUUUGAUUACUGAUUAUCAUGAAAAUGGAUCUCUCUAUGACUUCCUGAAAUGUGCUACACUAGACACCAGAGCCCUGCUCAAGUUGGCUUAUUCAGCUGCCUGUGGUCUGUGCCACCUCCACACAGAAAUUUAUGGCACCCAAGGAAAGCCUGCAAUUGCUCAUCGAGAUCUAAAGAGCAAAAAUAUCCUCAUCAAGAAAAAUGGAAGUUGCUGCAUUGCUGACCUGGGCCUUGCUGUUAAAUUCAACAGUGAUACAAAUGAAGUUGAUGUGCCCUUGAAUACCAGAGUGGGAACCAAACGUUAUAUGGCUCCAGAAGUGCUAGAUGAAAGCCUGAAUAAAAACCAUUUCCAGCCUUAUAUAAUGGCUGACAUCUAUAGCUUUGGCCUGAUCAUUUGGGAAAUGGCUCGUCGUUGUAUCACAGGAGGGAUAGUAGAGGAGUACCAAUUGCCAUAUUACAACAUGGUACCCAGUGACCCAUCCUAUGAAGAUAUGCGUGAGGUUGUAUGUGUCAAACGUUUGCGGCCAAUUGUGUCUAACCGAUGGAACAGUGAUGAAUGUCUACGAGCAGUUUUGAAGCUGAUGUCAGAAUGCUGGGCCCACAAUCCAGCCUCCAGACUUACAGCAUUGAGAAUCAAGAAGACACUUGCGAAGAUGGUGGAAUCCCAAGAUGUAAAGAUUUGACAGUUAAACCACCCUGAGGAGAAAUUCUGAACUGCAAGAACUAUGUUCUCCCAAGAACAGGUGGAAUUAGCAUGGAUUAAGGAUUUUGACUUGGUUCUCAGACUCUUUCCUCACUAUACCUUCACAGGCUGCUAACAUUAAACCUUUCAGUACUCUUGUAGGUGACAAGCUGGAAACUUCUAAACACUUCGUUCUUUACAUGUGGACAACUUUAUUUUAAAUGUGGUUUUUGAUGCCUUCUUUUUUUUAUUGGAUUUUUAUGAACUGCAUCAAAACUUCAGUCCUGAUGAAUAAGUCUCCAGUCAAACUCUGGGUACUGAAUUGCCUGUUCAUAAAAUGGUGCUUUCUGUGAAAGCCUUAGAAGCUAAAUGAGUUCAGCAGAGAUGGAGAAAUACACACUUUUGCCUUCUACCUGAGAAAAUUAAAUUUGUUUGUAUCCUACCUUUGUAAAACAGCCUAUAGAUUGUGAUCUCUUUGGAAUUCUGCUUAGUUCAUGAUAGUACAUCAUGCUUUCCUGGAUGACGGUGUGUGUGUGUGUGUGCAUGUGCACACAUACACCAGUAUUCCUCUGCUGCCAUUUGAAUUAGAAGAAAAUAAUUUAUAAAUGCACAGGAAGAUGUUGGUGGCUGGUGGUUUUGUGCUUUAAAAAUGCAAUAUCUGACCAGGAUUCGCCAAUUUCAUAAAAGCCAUUUACCUUGCAAUUAAGGUAGCUUCCCGCCAACUAUAUCUUUUACCAUAUAAUUACUAUGAAAGCCAAAAGAAGUUUAAAAUGUUUGUAAAUUUGGACUCUUUUCCUUCUACCACCGUCUUUUUUUUUUUGGUAAUUAUUUUGUCAUGAGAAGCAUUCUAUCCAAAGUUGUAGUUUCUAAUGCCAUGAACCAUGCUUAUAAACACUUCUUAUUGAAGUGAAUUAUUGCAUUUGAUAGCAAUGUAAGUGCCUAUAAUCAUGUUCUGUAUUCUUUAUUCUCAGUAACUUUUAAAAGGGAAGUUAUUUAUAUUUUGUGUGUAAUGUGCUUUAUUUGCAAAACACCUGCUCUUUUACAACUAUAUUUUAUAUAUGUACAUACAUUCACACUACAGAAACCAGCUCACAUGUACCUCACAUUCUUAAAGGAAAAAAUGUUCUAAAGUACAACUUCAUUUGAGUUUUUUCAGAAUUAAUGUAUCCAAAGUAACAUCAAAUCCUGGACUUUAUUAACUUCAAGCAAAACUUCAUUAAGAUAAUACCCAUCUGAGUUUUCCUUUAUAAAAGGAUGCUAUAAUUAGGAAUUUAUGUCAGAGCUAACAUAAGUUUAUCAAUGAUUCUUAAGUAUGUUUUUGACAUAGAUUUAAUCAUUUGAUAUAUUUGGUUUUACAGUUUAUAGUCCCAAAUUUGUGAAGACAAUGAAGAGUAAGGCAAAAACUGAGUAUUUAGUACCCUCAUCUACACUGUAUAGCUGUUUAUUCAAUAAAAUGAUAGGUAUUUUAUAGAGGCUUUGUUAUCUCAAGGAAUACUGAUUUACUUAAAUACAUUAUGUUUCUAUAGUAUCUUUUAAAUAUUAAUCUCCUAAACAGCCAACUCAUGAGAGCAUCAAGUAAAACAAAUUACUUUGAAUGGAACAUGAAAUAAAGUGAUUGUGUCACAACAUAGUGAAAAAGUUCAAACUUUUAAAAAUUUUUUAGAAAGAAGAAAAAAAGCUUAAAGGGGGGGGAAAACCAGAGCAUGUGCCCACCUGUCACCAAAAACUUGACUGUCAUCUGAAGCUAAAAUUAAUAUAUUAUUUAACACACAUUAGAUGGAUAAGUUUCAUUUAACAAAAAGUUUGAAGGUUCAUUAUGAAAUAAAUUUGCAUAUUGAUAUUACCCCAAAACUUGCUUUUUCAGAAUGUGUUUCCCAUCCGUACACUGAGAAAUACAGAUAUUUUAAUCAGGAUUACCAUGUGAUUGGAGACAAGUAAAAAAACUUAAUUUACGUAGUCCAAGUUAACCAUGAUUUAUUUUUGCCUUGACAACUGUCAAUCUUAAAAAUUAUUUAGCAUCUUAGUAAUGAAGAGAAUAUGUAUAGAAAGGCAAACUUUAUUCUUAGAAAUGUUUUUUAAAUGGUGUAUGUAGCUGGGCACAGUUGGUGCAUGACUAUAAUCCCAGUGACUCCAGAGGCUGAGGCAGGAGGAUUGCAAGUUUAAAGUCAGCCUCAGCAAUUUAUCGAGGCCCUAAGCAACUUAAUGAGGCCAUGUCUCAAAAUAGAAAGGGCUGGGGAUGUGGCUCAGUGGUUAAGGGCCUUUGAAUUCAAUCACAAUACCCAUGCUACUCCCCUGUUUAAAAAAAAAAAAAAAGUGGAUGUAGCCACUGUAAAGAUUUUUUUUAAACAAACUCGAUC